GGUAGCAGCAGCGGCCCCCGGUUCCUGAGCCCACCGCAGGCUGAAGACGUCGCUGGCGGCCCAUGCCCGUGGCGGAAGUGUGCAGAUGGGAUUUAUGUCCACAUGGAGAUAUGGAAGAGGACCGGGCAUUGGCACCGUAACCAUGGUCAGCUGGGGUCGCUUUAUCUGCCUGGUCGUGGUCACCCUGGCAACCGUGUCUCUGGCCCGGCCCUCCUUCAAUUUAGUUGAAGAUACCACCUUGGAGCCAGAAGAGCCACCAACCAAGUACCAAAUCUCUCCACCGGAAGUGCACGUGGCCACGCCCGGGGAGUCGCUAGAGUUGCGCUGCCUGUUGAAAGAUGCCUCCAUGAUCAGUUGGACUAAGGAUGGGGUGCUCUUGGGGCCCAACAAUAGGACAGUGCUUAUUGGGCAGUACUUGCAGAUAAAAGGCACCACGUCUAGAGACUCCGGCCUCUAUGCUUGUACUGCGGCUAGGACAGUAGACAGUGAGGCCUUGUACUUCAUGGUCAAUGUCACAGAUGCAAUCUCCUCUGGAGAUGACGAGGAUGACCCCGACGGCCCCGAGGACUUGGUCAGUGAGCACAAUGGCAGCAAGAGGGCUCCAUAUUGGACCAACACGGAGAAGAUGGAGAAGCGGCUGCACGCAGUCCCCGCUGCCAACACUGUCAAGUUCCGCUGUCCAGCCGGUGGGAAUCCCACACCAACCAUGAGGUGGCUGAAAAACGGGAAGGAUUUUAAGCAGGAGCAUCGCAUCGGCGGCUACAAGGUUCGAAACCAGCACUGGAGCCUCAUUAUGGAGAGUGUGGUCCCGUCCGACAAAGGAAACUACACUUGUGUAGUGGAAAACGAAUAUGGGUCCAUCAACCACACAUACCACCUCGAUGUUGUGGAGCGGUCCCCACACCGGCCUAUCCUCCAAGCCGGACUGCCAGCAAAUGCCUCCACCGUGGUCGGGGGCGACGUGGAGUUUGUCUGCAAAGUGUACAGCGAUGCCCAGCCCCACAUCCAGUGGAUCAAGCAUGUUGAAAAGAACGGCAGCAAGUACGGGCCUGACGGGCUGCCCUACCUGAAGGUUCUCAAGCACUCGGGGAUAAAUAGUUCCAAUGCCGAAGUGCUGGCCCUGUUCAAUGUGACUGAGGCGGACGCUGGGGAGUAUAUAUGUAAGGUCUCCAAUUAUAUAGGGCAGGCCAACCAGUCUGCCUGGCUCACUGUCCUGCCCAAACAGCAAGCUCCCGUAAGAGAAAAGGACAUUGCCACUUCCCCAGACUACCUGGAGAUAGGCAUUUACUGCAUAGGGGUCUUCCUAAUUGCCUGCAUGGUGGUGACCGUCAUCCUGUGCCGCAUGAAGACGACAGCUAAGAAGCCGGACUUCGGCAGCCAGCCGGCCGUUCACAAGCUGACCAAGCGCAUCCCCCUGAGGAGACAGGUAACAGUGUCUGCUGAGUCCAGCUCCUCCAUGAACUCUAACACCCCAUUGGUGAGGAUAACGACGCGCCUUUCCUCCACGGCGGACACCCCCAUGUUGGCAGGGGUCUCCGAGUAUGAACUGCCCGAGGAUCCAAAAUGGGAGUUUCCAAGAGAUAAGCUGACGCUGGGGAAGCCCCUUGGGGAAGGCUGCUUUGGGCAAGUGGUCAUGGCCGAAGCCAUGGGUAUCGACAAGGAGAGGCCCAAGGAAGCCGUCACCGUGGCUGUGAAGAUGCUGAAAGACGACGCCACCGAGAAAGACCUUUCCGACCUGGUCUCCGAGAUGGAGAUGAUGAAGAUGAUCGGCAGACACAAAAACAUCAUCAAUCUCCUCGGAGCCUGCACCCAGGACGGGCCGCUCUACGUCAUAGUUGAGUAUGCCUCCAAGGGCAACCUCCGCGAGUACCUCCGCGCCCGCAGGCCGCCCGGGAUGGAGUACUCCUACGACAUCAACCGUGUGCCCGAGGAGCAGAUGACCUUCAAGGACCUGGUGUCGUGCACCUACCAGCUGGCCAGAGGCAUGGAGUACCUGGCCUCCCAGAAAUGCAUCCACCGAGACCUAGCAGCCAGAAAUGUCCUGGUCACAGAGAGUAACGUGAUGAAAAUAGCAGACUUUGGACUGGCCAGAGACAUCAACAACAUAGACUACUACAAAAAGACCACCAACGGGCGGCUCCCAGUCAAGUGGAUGGCCCCCGAAGCCCUCUUCGAUAGAGUCUACACCCAUCAGAGUGAUGUCUGGUCCUUCGGGGUGUUGAUGUGGGAGAUCUUCACUCUGGGGGGCUCGCCCUACCCAGGGAUCCCCGUGGAGGAGCUGUUUAAGCUGCUGAAGGAGGGGCACCGCAUGGACAAGCCUGCCAACUGCACCAAUGAGCUGUACAUGAUGAUGCGAGACUGCUGGCAUGCAGCGCCCUCCCAGAGACCCACCUUCAAGCAGUUGGUGGAAGACCUGGAUCGGAUUCUCACACUCACCACCACCGAGGACUACUUGGACCUCACCCAGCCUCUCGAACAGUAUUCUCCUAGUUACCCCGACACAAGGAGCUCUUGUUCGUCAGGAGACGACUCCGUCUUCUCUGCAGACCCCAUGCCUUAUGAUCCCUGCCUUCCUCCAUGCCCACACGUAAACAGCAGUGUUCAAACAUGAGCGGACCUGUCCUCCUGUCCCCACAUGGGAUGGCACUGGGAGCCACCUACACGGAGCAGGGAGGCCUUGCCUCCGCUUGUAUAUAUGGAUCAGAGGAGUAAAUCAUGGGCACGGUUGCCACCGUCAUCCUCAUCAUCAUCGUGCGUGUAAAGAGUUAGACAGUCAGUCGGGAACUCUGCCAGGCAACCUCCGCCCGGAAGAGAAGAAUGUUCAGGGGACCCUGAACUGCCGUGGGCCCACCACGUGAGCCCUCUGCCCCGCCGCCCGCAGGCACUGGCCAGGGCCCGUGGGACUCCAGGCGAACACCAGUUCUGCCGUCCGUGUUAAUUUUGUAAGAAUUGGAGAAAAUAUAUGUCAGCACAUACUUUCAGAGCACAGAUGCAGUAUAUAGGUGCUGGAUGUAUGUAAAUAUAUUCAAAUUAUGUAUAAAUAUAUAUUAUAUAUUUACAAUGAAUUAUUUUUUGUAUUGAUUUUAAAUGGAUGCCCCGAUGCACCUAGAAAAUUGGUCUCGCGCUUCUGUUUUUUUUUAAAAACCAGCUCUUUGCUUAAUGCUGUUCUUACAUGGAACUUCUUAAUUUUCACCCAGCAGAGGUGGGAAGGAAAAAAGGAAAACAAAAAAACCAACUCUUUCUUUCAGGGAAAAAUGAUAUAACAUUAAUUUAUUAAUGAAUUGGUAAUAUACAAAACAAUUAAUCAUUUAUAGUGUUGUCGGUGGUUUUUAAAAAAAUAAUGAUGUUAAGUGGCAUUCCUAUGCAGGCAGCACCAGGGCCUAGGGAAUUGUUGCUCACACUGAACUAGUUGCCGGAUCCUUUGAAAAGAGAGCCAGUGAUAGUGCCUGGCCUAUUUGGCAGGGUCAGGGUG